AGUCGCUGUUUGAUUGAACAAGACGGACAAGGCUGGGAGAAGCGGAAAGUUGGGCGACAGCGCGGCACCUCCUUCUCCUUCUCCAUUCCGUUAAAUAUAUAUACAUACGUCCUGCUGCCGGCGCGUUACGCAUGUGUACUUCUUCUUCUUCUUUUUAAGUUGUUGCUGAUGUUUCUGCCGUGGCAUCCCCUUCCCCUGUGUUUUCCAAUAAAACAGUCAUCACGUUUUCGUGUAGCCAUUGAAUAGUGCGAACGCCGCGAAGCCCUUUUUUCCUUUGUUGUUCCGGUUGUUCCCCUCCUCCUCGCCAUCAUGCUCGUGUUCAUUUUUCUGUCCCUCAUCAGCAUGAUCACGCUGGUGGGCUGCUUCAUGUACAUCAUCAUAAUGGGACCGUCUCGCUACCAUCGCGACGGUGUUAUUGGCAAGUUGUACCGCCUCGUCACCAACGGGCCCGUCUACGUCUGCGGGUUCUGCGUGAGUUGCUGCUUCGGGUGCGAUCAGCGCAAAGGCCGCGCCUGCUGCAGCCGCUUCGGUAAGCACGCCACGCAGGAGCGGAACUGGUUCAUGGUCAUCUUCUAUAUUGUGCUCGUGUGGACGGUGGAGUUUUUCUACCUGCUUGUCGCCCUCCCCCGUUUGGAGGCGUCCCUGUUGUCGAAGAGUGUGUCGUGGGGUCUGGUGCUCCUUUCGGAGUACCUGUGGGUGCGUGCGGUGGUGUGUGACCCUGGCACCGUGACAACCAAGGAGCAGCGAGAACUGCAGCGUCAGCAGCACGCCGACAAGUCAGCCAAGAGGCUGAAACGAAUGCCGCGUCCUGCUCGGCACAGAGGGGGAGGCGGAGGCGGGGGAGGGUCGGCGCAGGACGCAUCGGCGAAGCCGCAGCGCGAGCCCCACUUCCCCUUCUCGCCCGCCGCCGAGUACAUCUUGAACCACCGCUACAUUGUGGACGGGAUGGUUUUCGCCCAGGCCGCUGACGAGGUCACCGCACACCUCACCCAAGCCCAGAAAGACUACCGCAGUCCCACCAACGGCUCCCCAGUUGGUCUAGGUCAGGAGUGCUCCACCUGCCACGUCCCACGCCCCAGUCGCGGCAAGCACUGCCGGCUGUGCCACCGCUGCGUCCGCCGCUUCGACCAUCACUGCCCGUGGAUCAACAACGACGUGGCGGAGGGCACGAUGCGCUACUUCCUGGGCUUCCUCUUCUGGCACGCCAUCUCGUGCACGUGGGCCUGCCUCGACCUUUUCCGCAACAUCCGCCAGUUCCUCAUCGCGCACCACGCGUGGGGGUGGGUGCUGCGUCACCCGGGCGGCCGCAGCAUCCCGCUCGACCUUUCCACCUACCUCGUUAUUGUGAUCAACUACCACAUGCUCGAGGCGUGCCUGCUAUUCUUCGCCUUCUUCAUCGGGCUCGUGCUGUACGGCUUCUGGGCCUACCAGAUGACCUUCGCCAUGGCGAACCUCACCGUCAACGACAUGAACAAAAUGGACGACACGGCGGACUUUGUGGCGACGCUGCCGACAUUAGAUUUGGUUUACCGCGAGGCCGCGAAGGUGCGGGCGGAGUUGGACGCCGUUGCGGAGCGGAAGCCCACGGCGCUGCGGAAGCUGCAGGAGCCUCCCUUGCCGAAGACCGCUCCAGGGUUUGAGGAGGGUGGGAAGAAGAACGCGAAGUACCGCGCGCAAGUGAAGAAGAUGCUGAUCCACGACCUGCGUGGUUUGUACGACCGUGGGGCGUGGAACAACCUGAUGGAGGUUAUGUUCCCGUACAGCGACGCGUACAAGCCCGAGAUCCUGGAGAAGGCUGCGGCGUGUGUCAAGUAG